AUGGUCAAGAUUGGAGAAGACGACCGUAGUGGUUUGCCACAAGAGGAUGCCUGGUUAUGGAGUGUUUAUCUAGGCGCAGGAGGCUUUGGUACCGUACACUACUGGCUCAAGGUCGAUCAAAACCAGAAUGUCAUCGAUCGUAUGGUUAUCAAAGAUGUCGAAUGCGCAGAAGACACAAAAGAGCCGCCAGAAUACCAAGGCAUAUACGAAGAGCUUGUGCGCAAGGGUAUGGACUUUGGUAUCAACCCUGACAGACCAGGCAAAGCAACGCGCGACGAAAGAUUCCUCAAGGAAGCUUAUUUGCAAGGACUUAUGGCCGACAACACUAUACCAUUCUCUGCCGUCACCACCGUUCCCUAG